GUUUAGAGCUGGUGGAGUUGAAUCCUCCAGAUCCUUGGACUGUGGACUCCAGAGAUGCCCAAGAGCUACAAGCCGGAGAGAUCACGCUACCCCACAUUGAAAGUUCUUGCCCAAAAGCGGCCAGAUAUUCCCAUUUAUGUUGGAGACACCUCACGGCCGGUGUUCUGGUAUCUGGGGAAAAGUGGCGUGAAUUUAACAAACAUCAAAGUCGUGCCGUUUGGUGUAUGGCAGAAUGUCGAUGAAAACCUGCGAUUUAUGAUUCUAAUGGACGGAGUUCAUCCUGAGAUGGAUACCUGCGUAAUCGUGGAGUAUAAAGGUCACAUGAUACUGAACACAGUCGAUUGCACAAGACCAAACAACGGACGUCUCCCACACGGUGUCGACGUUAUGAUGAGUGACUUUGCCGGUGGCGCAUCUGGAUUUCCAAUGACAUUUCAUGGCGUCAAAUACACAGAAAGCUGGAAGAGUGAUUUCAUUAAGAACGAAAGGAAGAAACUGUUAAACUAUAAGACGCAGCUGGUGAAUUCCCUACAGCCCAAGAUCUACUGUCCAUUCGCUGGUUACUUCACUGAAGCUCACCCUUCAGACAGGUACAUAAAGGAGACAAACAUCAAGAACAAUCCAGUAGACCUGAACGAAUCCAUAAGGAAGAGAUGCCCAAAUACCUUAACCUGGACUCCUUUACCUGGUUCAGUGUUGGAUUUGGCCCUCGCUCUGGCUGACAAAUCCAACAGCUACCCCACAUUGAAACUUCUUGCCCAAAAGCGGUCAGAUAUUCCCAUUUAUGUUGGAGACACCUCACGGCCGGUGUUCUGGUAUCUGGGGAAAAGUGGCGUGAAUUUAAGAAACAUCAAAGUCGUGCCGUUUGGUGUAUGGCAGAAUGUUGAUGAAAACCUGCGAUUUAUGAUUCUAAUGGACGGAGUUCAUCCUGAGAUGGAUACCUGCGUAAUCGUGGAGUAUAAAGGUCACAUGAUACUGAACACAGUCGAUUGCACCAGACCAAACAACGGACGUCUCCCACACGGUGUCGACGUUAUGAUGAGUGACUUUGCCGGUGGUGCAUCUGGAUUUCCAAUGACAUUUCAUGGCGGCAAAUACACAGAAAGCUGGAAGAGUGAUUUCAUUAAGAACGAAAGGAAGAAACUGUUAAACUAUAAGACGCAGCUGGUGAAUUCCCUACAGCCCAAGAUCUACUGUCCAUUCGCUGGUUACUUCACUGAAGCUCACCCUUCAGACAGGUACAUAAAGGAGACAAACAUCAAGAACAAUCCAGUAGACCUGAACGAAUCCAUAAGGAAGAGAUGCCCAAAUACCUUAACCUGGACUCCUUUACCUGGUUCAGUGUUGGAUUUGGCCCUCGCUCUGGCUGACAAAUCCAACAGCUACCCCACAUUGAAACUUCUUGCCCAAAAGCGGCCAGAUAUUCCCAUUUAUGUUGGAGACACCUCACGGCCGGUGUUCUGGUAUCUGGGGAAAAGUGGCGUGAAUUUAACAAACAUCAAAGUCGUGCCGUUUGGUGUAUGGCAGAAUGUCGAUGAAAACCUGCGAUUUAUGAUUCUAAUGGACGGAGUUCAUCCUGAGAUGGAUACCUGCGUAAUCGUGGAGUAUAAAGGUCACAUGAUACUGAACACAGUCGAUUGCACCAGACCAAACAACGGACGUCUCCCACACGGUGUCGACGUUAUGAUGAGUGACUUUGCCGGCGGUGCAUCUGGAUUUCCAAUGACAUUUCAUGGCGGCAAAUACACAGAAAGCUGGAAGAGUGAUUUCAUUAAGAACGAAAGGAAGAAACUGUUAAACUAUAAGACGCAGCUGGUGAAUUCCCUACAGCCCAAGAUCUACUGUCCAUUCGCUGGUUACUUCACUGAAGCUCACCCUUCAGACAGGUACAUAAAGGAGACAAACAUCAAGAACAAUCCAGUAGACCUGAACGAAUCCAUAAGGAAGAGAUGCCCAAAUACCUUAACCUGGACUCCUUUACCUGGUUCAGUGUUGGAUUUGGCCCUCGCUCUGGCUGACAAAUCCAACAGCUACCCCACAUUGAAACUUCUUGCCCAAAAGCGGCCAGAUAUUCCCAUUUAUGUUGGAGACACCUCACGGCCGGUGUUCUGGUAUCUGGGGAAAAGUGGCGUGAAUUUAACAAACAUCAAAGUCGUGCCGUUUGGUGUAUGGCAGAAUGUCGAUGAAAACCUGCGAUUUAUGAUUCUAAUGGACGGAGUUCAUCCUGAGAUGGAUACCUGCGUAAUCGUGGAGUAUAAAGGUCACAUGAUACUGAACACAGUCGAUUGCACAAGACCAAACAAUGGACGUCUCCCACACGGUGUCGACGUUAUGAUGAGUGACUUUGCCGGUGGCGCAUCUGGAUUUCCAAUGACAUUUCAUGGCGUCAAAUACACAGAAAGCUGGAAGAGUGAUUUCAUUAAGAACGAAAGGAAGAAACUUUUAAACUAUAAGACGCAGCUGGUGAAUUCCCUACAGCCCAAGAUCUACUGUCCAUUCGCUGGUUACUUCACUGAAGCUCACCCUUCAGACAGGUACAUAAAGGAGACAAACAUCAAGAACAAUCCAGUAGACCUGAACGAAUCCAUAAGGAAGAGAUGCCCAAAUACCUUAACCUGGACUCCUUUACCUGGUUCUGUGUUGGAUUUGGCCCUCGCUCUGGCUGACAAAUCCAACAGGAAGGCCAUUACUGAAACGCCAAAUGGUUCAAAGAUCUAUAAGGACAGUUGGGACUUUGACUUGUAUUUGGAUGAGCUGAAUGCUUCCAUUUCAGCUGAUAUCUUUAAAUACAAAAGCUGGAUCCAGUUUUAUUAUAACUGGGCGGGAUUUAAAGGCUACAAUCUGGUCAUUCGGGUUAUCGAGACCGAUGACGAUUUCAAUCGAUUGGACGGUGGUUUCGAUUACCUUGUGGACUUUAUGGAUCUUUCAUUUCCAGAUAAAAGACCAGAGAGAGAUCACUCAUAUGAGGAGAUUAAGAACAGAGUUGGGGUGAUGAGACAUGUGGUUCUGAAUGGGCGGUUAUGGGACGAUCUGUACAUUGGCUUCAAUAACAGAAUGAGUCGAGAUCCUGAUGUUUACCACCACAAGUUCUGGAAUCAUUUUCAGACAGAACUACCACUAUCAGCUCCAGACUGGGACCAUUUCCUUCAAACGGUCUCUGAAACGGACCGGAUACAGGAAAGCAAUGGCGGCUGUGUGCUGUGUUAAUGCAAACACAACUUUUCUAGCAUAUGUUGUGUGUUACAAUAUUAAUCAGUAUAUAUGUGUGUGUGACAAAUCAUAAACAAUGUAUGCCUGCUAACAAUUGAUGAAUUAUGUGUGUAACUAACUAGAAAAUAUAUGGUAAAACCAAAAACGCUAAAAGGAUAAUUGAAUGUGAAGGUGUGAUAAACUGCAACUGCAUUUCUGACACAGGAGAUGGGCGGAACCUAGAAACAGUUUUCUACAUUGGAAAUUCUUCAGGCAGGGAACUGAUAAGAACUAACCAGUUGGAGGCAAAACCAGUAAUCCCACUGCGGCAAAAACAAACCAACGGAAUGAUUGAAUAUUGGAGAUGCCCCUGCGGCAAAAAUAAGCCAAUCAAAAGAGUAAAAAACCGAGAACAAAGGAAUACACCCUGGGUCAGAAAUGUAGAAAAUAAGGGAACACAGGAUAAACGGGGUCUUUCGAGCGAAGCUUACGAGCGAAGCAGACAAGAUCCCCAGCUGGGUGGAUGAUUUUCUACUUAUUUUGUCUUGUUAAUAAAUACAAAUUUUACCUUGAAAACUUGACUUUGUCUCC